AUGUUCUCUCGUGGGAAAAUCAUAAGCCCCCAGAGGCACCGCCUCUUGCGGCAAGUUUCAAAGUCUUCCAAGGUAGAGCUCAAUGAAUUGGACGCGAAAUGGACGAAGAGAUGGAGAGAGGCCUCCCCCAACAACUCUAUUCAUCCUAGUAAACAUUUAGUUGAUCCAGAUGCCGAAUCCUUUUACUGCCUUUCAAUGUUUCCAUACCCUUCAGGUAUGCUUCACAUGGGUCACUUGCGUGUUUACACCAUCAGUGACGUAAUUUCACGGUUCAAACGGCUUAAAGGUUACAACGUUAUCCACCCAAUGGGUUGGGAUGCAUUUGGUUUACCAGCAGAAAAUGCUGCCUUUGAAAGAGGUAUCAACCCUGCGGUAUGGACAGAGUCUAACAUAGCCAAAAUGAAGGAGCAAAUGAAUUUAAUGUUGGCGGAUUUUGACUGGGAAAGGGAAAUUUCAACCUGCUCGCCAGAUUAUUACAAGUGGACUCAAAAGAUUUUCUUAUUAUUGUAUGAGCAUGGCUUGGUGUAUCGUAAAGAAGCUGAAAUUAACUGGGAUCCCGUGGAUAUGACAGUCUUGGCGAACGAGCAAGUGGACGCCGAAGGAAGAUCUUGGAGAAGUGGGGCCAUCGUUGAAAAAAGAAACCUUGAACAAUGGUUUAUUGCAAUCACCAAGUAUGCCCAAGAUUUGAACCAAGAUAUGAAAGUUUUGGACCAAUGGCCCAAUAAAGUCAAAGCGAUGCAAAGAAAUUGGAUUGGCGAGUCACAUGGAGUGGAAAUUACGUUCCCAACCGAUUCAAACUAUGAUAUUACCGUCUUCACUUCAAGACCAGAGACUUUAUUUGUCGCUCAAUUCUUAGCACUCUCCUUGAAUCAUCCCAUUGUAAAAGAGGCAGCAGAACUUGACGAAGGUCUUGCAAUGUUCAUCGAGGAGAACAAAGAGACAGACUUUUCGUCCAAGAAUGGGUAUCUUAUUACAAGUAUUAAGGCUUCUAUUCCUAUUGACGUCCAGAACAACGUGAGGAAAGAGUUUGAUAUCCCAGUCUAUGCAGCUCCUUACGUCAUUGGAUCGUAUGGUCUGGGUGCUGUAAUGGGAUGUCCCGCUCACGAUGAGCGGGAUUUUGAGUUCUGGAGCCUUCACAAUUCUUCUAAACCAAUUAAAAGAAUUGUGGGCGACUCUAAUCCCGCAGUUGCCAAGACUCUGAGCUUAGAACAAGCUUAUACGGAUAAGAAUGGUAAGCUUUACGAUGGUUCUAUUCUCAGUAAUGGACUUACAAGUUUAGGUAUCUACCAUGGAAAGACAACCAAAGAGGCCGCCUCAUUGAUAACCAAGGCUUUGACAGAUGCUAAAGUUGGGAACAAAAAGGUUCAGUUCAGACUUAGGGAUUGGUUAAUUAGUCGUCAAAGAUACUGGGGAGCCCCGAUUCCUAUGAUUCAUUGUCAUAGUUGUGGAACUGUUCCGGUCCCAGACGAAGAAUUACCUGUAAUGUUACCCAAGCUUGAUAGUAGUAAGUUUAAAAAUGGUAACCCAUUGAGUAACCUUGAUGAAUUUGUCAAUACCUCAUGUCCUUCUUGUGGAGGGCCUGCCAAAAGAGACACUGACACAAUGGAUACCUUCAUGGAUUCAUCUUGGUAUUUUUUUAGAUAUCUUGACUCACAAAACACUAAGAUGCCAUUCUCAAAAGCAAAAGCCACGGAAAAUAUGCCGGUUGAUAUGUAUAUUGGUGGUGUUGAACAUGCAAUUUUACAUCUACUUUACUCAAGAUUUAUCUCCAAAUUUUUAGGAAGGAUUGGAUUAUGGGAUGGUCAGCAUUUUAAAAAUGAGCCUAUAAGGCAAUUGGUUACUCAAGGAAUGGUCCACGGAAAGACCUUCUCUGACCCUCACAAUGGAAGAUGCUUGAAACCAGAUGAGUUGGACUUAUCUACUCCAGAUCAACCUAAAAUAAUUCCGUCUGGUGAAACACCAGUUAUUACUUUCGAAAAAAUGUCAAAAUCUAAAUAUAAUGGUGCUGAUCCAGGAACUUGUAUAAAGAAAUAUGGUGCUGAUGCAACUAGGGCCCACAUGUUAUUCCAAGCACCAAUCUCUGAUGUUUUAAACUGGAACGAGGAACAGAUACUCGGAAUUAAUCGUUGGUUGCACAAAGUGAUCAGUUUGGGUCAAUCUAUUUUACAAGGGUUCAACAAUUCCCCUAUAGCAAGGCCUACCAAUGAGACUUUGACCGAAGCCAAAGAUAUUACCUUGAACGGAAAGUAUUAUGAAUCGAUUAAAUUCAAUGAAAGCGAAUUUGCGUUGUAUAAUGAGGUUCUGGAAUAUGUCAAUAAAGUUGCAAAUUCGAUUGAGGUUGAUCUCACAUUCAACACGAUCAUUUCAGACUUAAUGAAACUAACCAAUGUUCUUGUUUCAUCCCUCAAAUCGGGUCACUUCUUGCAUCCUGAACUUUUAUUGGACUCGUACAAGAAGCUUUUGAUCAUCAUGAGCCCUAUCACUCCUUGUGUAUCUGAAGAAUGCUGGGAGAACAUCUCGUUGCAAUUGAACCAGGAAGCUCGCUCGAUCUUUUUCGAGAAGUAUCCUGUUGCUCAAAAGUUAGAGACUUCUAACAUCAAUUUCAAUGUUUUUGUUAAUGGCAAAAUCAGAGCACUGUUUACGGGAAAUAAGAAUUUGAUUGAAGCAAACGAUGAAUUUAUUGUCCAAGAAAUUAGAAAACAUGGCCAAACUGCCGAGUACCUUGGUAGCAGUAUAAAGAAGUUGAUUGUCAAACCAGGAAUGAUAAGUGUCGUUACUGCAAAAUGA